UUUGGAUUUCCGUGUGUCGUAUGUGUGUUUGGUUUUGCCUCCCUUUUUUUUUAGCUCAAACCCAGUUAUUGCACUUUAGCCAAGGUUUAGCCAAGGUUUGGUUCCGGUGAAUCCAGUGGGGUAUAGGUCUGCUCGUAGCUCGGUGAAGAAACAUGGGGAUUUAAUUAGAUAUCCAAAGAGACGUGAAUUAGAUCGUGUUGGUGCAUCAUACAAUAGUUGUAUUUUAGGUGUUGUCUGUCUAAAAUGAAGCACCCGAAGCUAUGGAGAGCGUUGCUUUUCAUGACGGUGUUGUACCAGUUUGGGAUGUCAAGCAGAUACGGUUGUGUGUUUGAGAGAAGGCUGUGCUCCAGGGAACAGUUCUGCUCUGACGACGGUCUCUUCGGGCAGUGUCGUACCUCUAAGCAGGACCAGGUCCAGUACCAGGUUUCAGUUCCUGUUCUGAAGAGGAUGCAGGAAGUACUCAAGCAGCUCAUGCUACAGGGUCUGUCCUGGCAGGAUGACAUCACCCAGUACAUUGUUGCCAAAGAGCUGAGCAGAGUUCCUCACACCCCACGGUCCCUAAAGGCCUCCUCUUCCUCCUCCUCCUCCUCCUCCUCCUCCUCCUCCUCCUCACAACCCAAGCAGAGCUCCUCCAAUCAGGGAGGAUACACCAGCAGCUCCUCCAAUCAGGGAGGAUAUCCCAGCAGCUCCUCCAAUCAGGGAGGAUACCCCAGCAGCUCCUCCAAUCAGGGAGGAUACCCCAGCAGCUCCUCCAAUCAGGGAGGAUACCCCAGCAGCUCCUCCAAUCAGGGAGGAUACCCCAGCAGCUCCUCCAAUCAGGGAGGAUAUCCCAGCAGCUCCUCCAAUCAGGGAGGACACCCCAGCAGCUCCUCCAAUCAGGGAAGAUAUCCCAGCAGCUCCUCCAAUCAGGGAGGAUACCCCAGCAGCUCCUUCAAUCAGGGAGGAUACCCCAGCAGCUCCUCCAAUCAGGGAGGAUACCCCAGCAGCUCCUCCAAUCAGGGAGGAUAUCCCAGCAGCUCCUCCAAGUCGGGGGCCAGUCAGGCUGACCGUUACCAGGACUACAUGAUAGUAGACCAUCCCCAGUCCCCCCUACGCAUGCGGACGUCUCCCAUGGACCCUUAUACCUACCAACAGGAAGAUGUGGAGCGCAACCUCCACCAGGGAGGAGGAGUCUACUCAGGGCUCCGCCCCUCCUCCUCCAGGUACCAACAGGCCAAACAGAGAGAGAGAGACCGUCAGCUGCUGCAGGACGUCGUCUCCCUCUAUCUGUCCUCUUCGCCUGCACAGCCCUUGUUCCGCCACCGGGGGGCAGCAGCCUCACCCUACUACGAGGAACCAGAGCUGCCUCUGGACUUUGUGGAGGACUACAGUCUGACGGAGCAGGCUACGACUAGAGCCAGACAACAGCAGCAGAUACAGAAGCAACAGCAGAAGCUUCCACAGCAGGACUACAGCUCUCUGGCUGGGCUGGAUGAGUUGAUCCUGCAGCGUAUGACGGAGAUCCUGGAGAGGUACGGCGUUGACCCAAGAGACCUGACCCCCCAGCAGCUCUACAGACUUGCUGUUGCGCUGCAGCUGAUGCAGGCUGAGGACCAAGACAUCAUAGAUCCACUUACCAAUGAUCUAAAGGAGAUGCAGCAGGUUCUUAAAAGCAGUGACACAGUGUCCAACAAGGCAGAUAAAGCUCCCGUCCUUGUCCCCCCUCCCUCCUCUGCCCCAGGGCCCAAGGUGGCCCCUGCUGCCACUAGUCCCCCCCUCACAGCACCUCUAGGGGGCAGCGUGACAGCCGAGGGCCCCUCUGUGGAUGUGGAAGGGAAGGUGAAAAGCUCCUAUGUCCCAGCGGGGCUACCGGCUGCUGAGACAGGAAGUGCAGCCAGGGAGGAGUAUGGAUACAUCGUCACUAACCAGAGUCCUCUCAGUCUGUAUGAUGGGAUAAAACUACUGGAUCUACUGGCAGAGAGAAUCCACCUGACUACCAGAAGCUUCAUCAACAUCAGUGUUGUGGGUCCGGCCCUGACGUUCAGGAUCAGACAGAACCCUCAGAACAUGAGUGCAGAGGACGUGGCAGAGAAGGCUGCGUCUGAGAAGACCUUUCUGGAGUCUGAGACAGGAUUGAAGAUACUGCAGACUGGUGUCGGAGAGAGGAGCGAGGGUGAUGGGCUGCCCCAUGCCACGCGGGUGAAGGAGGGCUCCAGCGGGCUGGUACUGGUGCUGGUGUCCAUGGCGUGUGUGGGCGGGUUGGUGGUGGUGGCGCUGACCAUCGCCUGUCUUAGACACCACACCCAGCAGCUGGCCUCAGGGAAACUGGGCCUCGGACCCGAGGGAGGACCGGAGACACACUUUGACUACCAGGAGCUCUGCAGGCAGCACAUGGCAGCCAAGACGUCGUUCAGUCGUCAGGAGGCGGUGGGUGUGGGAGCGGGGGGCCGGAGGGGGACGGACACGUCCAGGGUGAGCAGUGUGUCGUCCCAGUUCAGCGACGGACCCCAACACAGCCCCUCCUCACACAGCAGUACACCCUCCUGGAGCGAGGAGCCCGCCCAGUCAAACAUGGACAUCUCUACUGGUCACAUGAUACUGGCCUAUAUGGAGGACCAUCUGAAGAAUAAGGACCGUCUGCUGAAGGAGUGGGAGGCUCUGUGCUCCUACCAGGCUGAACCCAGUGCUGCCACCGUAGCACAGAGUGAACCCCACCUGGAGAAGAACCGCUGCCCUGACUCUCUGCCCUAUGAUCACUCCCUUGUGAAACUGAAGGCAGAGAGCAACUCCACCAAAGAAGACUACAUUAACGCCAGCACCAUAAUUGACCACGACCCUCGACUGCCUGCUUACAUCGCCACCCAGGGACCACUGGCGCACACCAUCGCUGACUUCUGGCAGAUGGUGUGGGAGAAUGGUUGCACGGUGAUAGUGAUGAUGGCAAACCUGGUUGAGGACGGAGAGACUCAGUGUGUUCGCUACUGGCCUGACGAGGGAUCCUCCCUCUACCACAUCUACGAGGUGAAUUUGGUCUCUGAACACAUCUGGUGUAAAGACUUCCUGGUUCGUAGUUUCUACCUGAAGAACGUUCAGACCCAGGAGACUCGUACCCUGACACAGUUCCACCUGCUAAGCUGGCCGGCCAAUGGAAUCCCCACCUCCACGCGCCCUCUGCUGGACUUCCGCAGGAAGGUGAAUAAGUGCUACAGAGGUCGAUCCUGCCCCAUCAUCGUCCACUGCAGUGACGGCACUGGCAGAACUGGAACCUACAUCCUUAUUGACAUGGUCCUCAAUCGCAUGGCUAAGGGUGUGAAGGAGAUUGACAUUGCUGCGACACUGGAACACAUUCGGGAUCAGAGACCGAGCUUAGUGCGCACCAAGGACCAGUUUGAGUUUGCCCUAACCGCCGUGGCGGAAGAGGUCAAUGCCAUCCUGAAGGCUCUGCCACAGUGAACUCUCUGUCUGUCACCUCUACCAGCUCCUUACAACUAGAAUUAAACAUGAACGUUAUGCAUCAUAAUACCGGUGUCGGCCAUAUUGAGUGUCCCCGUGAUUGUACCGGUCACACUGCUGUGGUCUGAGGGGCUGUUCACGAUCUAGUAAUUAUAUUUCUAUGGCCAUUAUUAACCCUUCCUCCACAUCCAGAUACACAACCAGGGAGACGUCCAUUAUUAUUACACCAAUGACCAUAGGAGUUAGCAAGAUGACCAUAGGAGUUAGCAAGACAGCACAAACAGAUCUGGGGCCAGGCUGCUAUUAUUAUGCAUUCAUAAUUAAAUUAAAUUAGUUUUUUUUUUUUUUUAUCAUCCUGUAGAUUAUUCCAAUCAGACAAAAAAAACACUUUACAUUUACAAUAGGACCCCUUUACAGUGUCUUGUUAUUGGAUGUUAUAUUGAGAUCUGGCCCUAAAAUACUGUCACACGAUAAUUAAAAAUGUCUCCUUUCUUACUCUGUUCCUCAGUCUCAGGCAAUUACCAUGUUCCCUCCUGCUCUGCUGUCAUGGAGAUGUUGUAUUACCAUGUUCCCUCCUGCUCUGUUGUAUUACCAUGUUCCCUCCUGCUCUGCUGUCAUGGAGAUGUUGUAUUACCAUGUUCCCUCCUGCUCUGCUCUGUUGUCAUGGAGAUGUUGUAUUACCAUGUUCCCUCCUGCUCUGCUGUCAUGGAGAUGUUGUAUUACCAUGUUCCCUCCUGCUCUGCUGUCAUGGAGAUGUUGUAUUACCAUGUUCCCUCCUGCUCUGCUGUCAUGGAGAUGUUGUAUUACCAUUUUCCCUCCUGCUCUGCUGUAUUACCAUGUUCCCUCCUGCUCUGCUGUAUUACCAUGUUCCCUCCUGCUCUGCUGUCAUGGAGAUGUUGUAUUACCAUGUUCCCUCCUGCUCUGCUCUGCUGUCAUGGAGAUGUUGUAUUACCAUUUUACAUUUUAGUAAUUUAGCAGACGCUCUUA